AUGGAAGGCCUCAAUCCCUCUCAACUCGCCUUCUUCCAUGAAAACGGCUACCUCGUCAUCCCCGACUUCCUCACCCCAGAGGAAAUCACCUCACUUCUGACCGAGACCAACACACUCCUAGACAACUUCCCUUUGGAAUCCCACCCCCUCACCAAGUUCACCACCGGCGACGACGAAAGCAACAAAAACGACCCCCACGUCGGCGACGACUACUUCCUGGACUCCGGCGACAAGAUCCGCUUCUUCUUCGAACCGGACGCCUUCUCCUCCACCCCCGACCCCGCAACAGGCAAACCCGCCCUCCUCAAGCCCAAACAGCAAGCAAUCAACAAGAUCGGACACGCGCUGCACUCGCUCUCCCCGCCCUUCGAGAAAGUUUCCCUGAGCGCGCGCAAUGCCGCCAUCGCCAAGUCCCUGGGUUUCGUGGACCCGCGCGUGCUGCAGAGUAUGGUGAUCUGCAAGCAGCCCGGGAUCGGGGGCGCGGUGCCUCCGCAUCGGGACUCGGAGUUUCUGUAUACGAGGCCGCCGUCGGCGGUGGGGUGGUGGUUUGCGCUGCAGGAUGCGGGGCCUGGGAAUGCGACGCUGGGGAUGUGGAGGGGCUCGCAUCGGCAAAGGAUCAAGCGGCGGUUUGUGAGGAGGAUCGGAGAGGAUGGGAAGGCUGUUGGGACGGAGUUUGUGGAGAAUGAUGGGCCGGAGGUGCCGAGAGGGUCGGAGGGUGACGGUCAGGGCCAGGACCAGGGUCAGGAGGUCAAGGAUGAGGAUUUGGAGAUUCUGGAUAUCAAGGCCGGGUCAUUGGUGCUGAUUCAUGGGAAUGUGCUGCAUAAGAGCGAGAAGAAUACCAGCCCGCGCAGCCGGUUUGCGUAUACCUUCCAUGUCAUCGAGGGUGCGGACGGAUGGGACUAUGAUGAGAGGAACUGGCUGCAGCCUCCGGAGGGCGGAGAGUUUUCCAAGCUUUCAGACUACCUCAACCUAUCGAUACCCGACAACCGGCGCUGGAUCAUGAGCGACCCCGAAAGCGAGCCCUUUAUCAGAUCCUCCUUGGAAAUUGAAGAGGAGAAAGACCUUCAUCCGCAUGGAAAUCUACGACAACUCCUCCCACUAGUCGGUGCAGUCUGGCUCGGAGAAUUUAUCGACGCGGUAGACCAGACUAUCCUAGUCUCCACUUAUGGGACAAUCUCAUCGCAGUUCCAUAGUUUGUCUAUGGGCUCUUGGCUGCUGACGGGGUACAAUCUCGGUUUUUGUAUUGCCUUGCCUGUGUAUGGUCUGCUAUGUGACAUCUACAGCCGCAAGAUUCUCCUCUUCACUUCUUACUUCUUCUUUGGGAUUGGGUCUCUCAUAUGCGGAACCGGGCAAGUUGUCAGCCAAGUGGUAGUAGGCCGGGUCAUCGCCGGCCUGGGAGGCGCUGGAAUGACGUCCCUCUGUUCCGUGAUUAUCACCGAUCUUCUGCCCUCAUCCGAGGUGGCCGUCCUCCGGGGCUGGACAGAGACCAUCAACAACAUCGGCCGCAGCCUGGGACCGCCGCUUGGAGGUUUCCUGGUCAAUACUCUCGGAUGGAGAUGGACAUUUCUCGGCCACCUGCCCCUUUUGGGCCUGUGCGUAGUCAGUGUGGCAUAUCGACUGCCGGCGAAUCCCAAAGGACAAACCGAGCCGAAAGCCGACUGCAUUCGCAAUAUUGACUGGACAGGCAUCCUGGCAUUCGCAGCGGCGAUUAUCAGCCUCCUGCUCGCUAUUCACCUCCUCGGGACGGACGAAACCGGAUCCCCCUGGUUCAUGCCCUCGGUCAUCACCGCGUGUAUCUCGCUUCCAUUCUUCCUGUGGGUCGAGCAUGCAUGGGCAGAACGACCGCUUAUUCCACUUGGCCUCAUGCGAGGGGUUGUGGGACGGCACUGCGCCGUGCAGAUCCUGGUUUACGCCGCGCGUCUCGCGAUCGCAUCGAAUAUCGUGCCGUACAUGGUUCGCACACACGGCCUGAGUGACGUGGCCGCUUCGCUAUUCCAUGUGUCGACCAUCCUGGGUAUGCCACUCGGGGUAUUAGCCAGUGGGUACACAAUCAGGCGACUCAAGCAAUACAAGCCCGUCAUUCUGGGUGGUCUCUGCGCCACGAUCAGCGUCUACCUGCUGAUCCUCCUGCAAUGGCGUCACGGAUCCAGCGUCCUCGACGGCCUGUACAUGUUCCCCGCAGGUACCGCAGCGGGCUUGAUCUUCACCGGCCAGUUCAUCGCCAUCUCCUCGAAUGCACCAGAGGGUAGACUGCCCACGUGUGUGACCAUGUACUUUCUCUGUACGCAGCUGGGGAUCAUUCUGGGUGUCGCGCUCGCUUCGGGAUUGCUGCAGGGUAGUUUCAGUAACGAGCUGAUGAGGAAAUUGCCAGAGUUUGCGGGGAAAGAAAGGAUCGUGCACAAAGUGCUCAACGAGAUCCGGUACUCGAGGGGGCUGCCUGCCGGUUUGCAGAGGGCUAUACGCUCGAGUUUUCUCAGUAGCUUUCAGGCUGUUCCUUGUGAGUUUCCUGUCUAG